AGAUCCUGUCGUGCUUAAGCGAGGGGCAGGGCGCUGGUAGAUUGCGUUUUGGGCAAAGUCCCAAGGGAUGAUCAGAACAGCCUACGGGCCUGUGGGGUUAAGACAAGCUCGAGACCCGGAGGUCGUGAAGCCAGCAGCGGGGCCGGCUGAGAAGAAGGAUGUGAAGGUCUUCAAGAACUGGCUGGGCCAGAAAGGGAAGAAGGAAGGCAACAAGAAUGACCUGUACCGCACCCUGAUCAAGCAGACGAUGCUGUUAGCAGCUGCCAAGAUGGAAGUGAACGACAUCGCCUUCGGGGCUGCGGCGGUAGCGAUUGACGAAAAGACUGGCCUCUACAGGUCUCCCGAAGAGAUGCAGGAGCGCGACAAGCUGGCACGCAUCAAGAUCAAGUCCAUGCAAGAUGGCUCCGCCGCCAUCCCAGACCGGAUGAUUGCAGGCGCGACAGCUCUGAAGAAGACCGGCCGCUCACAGACCAGGCACUUGUUGGCCAAGACCAGCAAGUACCCGUGGGCCUGGUACAAAUACAGAUACUGGACGCUCCAAUCUGGCAUCAUGAGGGUCUACCGCAGCAACGGGCCGGAGUACGCUGGUGAGAGGCACAAGUUGUACAACAUCCGAGAGGCCAGUUGUAAGUUCGAGACCAAAGAUAUGAUGGGCAUCACGGAGCCCUUCCUUCCCAACUACCAGGCCCGUGUCCGUGUCCUGCUGAAGGAGCGGUCCUGGGGCCCGGUGUUUCUCUACUCCAAGGACGUGUCGGAGGUGAAGAGCUGGGAGCGGGCCAUCCGAAUGUCCAAGUACUUGCUGAACGCGCAGGACCGGGAGGCCAUGGCCUACGUCAUCGGCCGCGUAGCGGGCUCCAUCAUGGCCAAGGGCUGGUCUGCCAUGUUCAAGUACUUCAACGAGCUGGAGAACACCCGGCGCCUGAUCCGGGGCCUGGCGAUGAGGCUCACCAAGUUGGACCUCAGCCGGGCCUGGAACAAGGCGCGACUGGUGUACCUUCAGAAGAGCCAGCAGGACAAGCUCCGCAAAGAGCAGCAGGACUGGGCUGCUCGCUUCCUGCGGGAUAAGAUGGAGCGCAUCAACAACCAGACGGCUCGAUCCCCUGCCAUGGUGCGGCUCGCAGCCAUCAACAAGGUGCAGCUGCUCUUCCGUCACUUCCGGCAGGACCACAUCUUCGAUCGAUCCUAUGCCCUGGGCACCAAUGUGAACACUCGGGUGCAGCAAAUGAUGAAGGGCGUUUCCAUGAUGGCAGCCUUCUCCACGCUCUCUUCCAGGGAAGUCCUGGAGCUCACCUUGAAGGGCAAGGGCUUGGAGGCCUUCCAUGAGGACAUGGACAUCUUCACCAGCAAGACCUCGACAUACUCGGAGGUCAACGUAAACUUGCAGAAGAUGGGCUUCGCCAUUUCUGAGAACUUCACCAUGCUAUCCUUCUCCGAAACUUCUGGGGACUCCUCCCUGCUGCAGAAUGCUGACUGGGGGCACUUUGUGAACCUGGGCCAGAUCAGCUCUGUGGUGAUGCACUCGGACCGUUCCUUGGGCAAGAGCCGCACGGGGGACCGCCUUCCUCCGUCCAGCUGCUCGGGUGUGUGGUUCACCCUCUACGGCCCCAGGGUCAGCUGGGGCCAGCGCUUGCGAAAGAUGACCGAUCCGGAGACGCAGAAGCCCUACAUGGAGGUGGUUGGGUCCCCGGAUGGGAAUCACCUUGGCGCAGCCUUGGCGAAGGGCGAGGCGCUUCAUUGGCUGCGCCUGGAGAUCGGCCUGAAGAGCGCUGACGUGCCGGACCUGCGCCGGGAGCUUCCCGAGGAGGGCCAGAUCGAGGUCUUUGGAGAUCAGGGUUCGGAGGUGCGCUCAGACUUUCAGACCUUCGUGGUGCUCACAGUGCUCGGAAAGCGGUUCCGCAGCACCAGUGGCAACGGCAGCAGCCCGCAAUACCAGGGGCCCUACAUGGGGAAGUUCGUGGCGGAGAUCCCCAUCCCGGUGGGCGACUUGGGCAUCGCAGCGCUGGACACCACGGAGAUUGGCCUCGAGGUGGUGGAGCAGGACCCCCUGGAACCCGAGGCGAACCGCACCAUUUGGGCUGCCAAGAUGCCGCUCUGGAAGGUCUUCACUGUGGAGGAGGAGACGCCCAAGCCAGAGCCACCUCCCACUGCCACGGCUUUGACGAAUCUGGGCCUGGGCGAGGGUGCCCUGACAACGCUGGGGCUGGUGGAGGAAGUAAAGGAGCAGGUGACGUCUCUGGCCAGCACCCUGCGUGGCGGCAGUAAGAAGAUGGUGAAGCGCAUGUGGCUGAUGCACCCGGCCGUGGACCUGUCCGACAUUCUGCCGCUCAAGGCGCACUUGGACCUGGAGGUCUCUGCCAAGGUGGCGGCCAACUCCUUGCUCCCCAGGACGCCCAUUUCGCCUGAGCUCCAGGGACGAGGCUCCAUGGUGAACCUCUUCACCUCUCACAAGAUGGCAUGGAUGGACCCUAGCGGUCGGCAAGGUGCGAGCGUGGCAAGCAUGGUGGAGCUGAACGUCAAGGAGCUGAUCUUCCCCAGUGACGACCCAUCCGAGGACGCCCGGCUCUAUCGGUACUACGUGGAGGCCACCUGCAACGGCGUGCGGGCCACCACCCAGGCAAUGUGCCGACCCAAGAAAUCCUGGAGCUACGUGGUGCCCUCUGACAGCUACAAGAUCUACUUCAAGGACAGCAGCAUCUUCGUGCCACUGCCGCCGGGCAGCUGGAGCGAGGAGUGCCCGAAGGUUUCGGUGAAGGUGCUGCGCUCGCUGAUCAGCGACAUGCCUGCCAUGACGUUCGCGGAGCUACUGGCGAACAAUGGCAAGCAAGGCCCCGCGGUCCACAACCCGGAGCUGGUUUACCAUGCUGAGCUCGACCUAGAGGGCAUGACGCUGGACUUCUCGCGGCAGGCGGCCAGCGUGCCCUGUGCCAAGUCCAAGGCGCCGCCCACCACCUACGGCGUGUCCAAGGACGAGCUAAGCCCCGUGGAGGCGCCGGCGGUGGUCAUCAUGGACAUUGCCCUGCGGGACCGCGACUACGCGCGCCUCCGCGGAGCGCAGGAUGCCAGCCGUGCUGGCGUGCUGUGCGUGGGGGACAAGGCCAUGCUUCGAGUGGAGGAGCCUAUCAGCUAUCCAAUCAACGAGGUGGAAUUCCGUCGUCGCGGCUUCCCCGGUGAGUUUGAUAGCACACGUCGGCGGAACGAGUCCUGGGCCGCGCCUUUGCGGGAUCCUUGUGCCUCUUAUGAGUACAAGGCAAGCGGCUUUGACAAGCUGGACCCGCCUGUCCCCUUCAAGCAGCGCUACAUGUCCAACACCCAUGACGAGGUGGUGCCUCACAAGUUUGUCCUGCCAACAACGGAGGCGGACUUCCAGAGCCAGGUGAAGCCAGGCACUUUCUGGAGGAUUGUGGACAGCAUCGUGGCCCAGAACCUGCCGGACCUGCAGAAGGCCGCCAGCGAGGAACGGGAGAUGAAGCACACACCCCAGGUGGUGGAGCGGCUCACGCACCUCACACGCCACAUCCCAGUGACUGUUCUGGCGGUGUACCCGGACCAGACCUGCGAUGUAGAGCUGGCCUCGAACUUUGUGGCGGCUUGGGAGUCUGCGCCCCACAAGCCUUUCUCCCUGCAGGGCUCCGUAGUGAUCGGGGAGCAUAUGGACAUCUCUGACACUGCAAUCCGUGCAGCCCCUGUCGGCGCAGGGGACGUGGGGGAGCGCGUGCGGCGCCGCGUUCUGCUCAAGGGCAUUGCUCUCGGAAGUCUUGCCAGCGUGCAGGCUGCCAGCUUCAACAUCUACGAUGCAGCCAUCACCACCACAGACGAGAUUGUACGCAUCCACCCGCACAAGGUGGGGAAUGACUACAACCCUCGUCUCAUCGAUGGGUCUGUGGAUGACAUGACAGUGCUGGGAGGUCACCGGGGAAGCUACCGCAUCGCUGCCGGUCCAUUGCCGCCGGAUGCCAACCCGGCAGAGUGUCAGUACGAGUGGUCACUCCAGCUGAACGCGAGGACUGAGGCCGACAUGUUCCACUUCAUCACCAUGCUGCGGCAGGCCACCCGCAUGGACAUCAGUCAGCAGGUGAAGAAGUUGAAGGAGUUCCAGCAAAAGAGCGUCUAUGCCUUGAACAACCGACCUUACCUAGAUUCUCAAAUUUACUCCUCCCAGAGCGGACACCUGGAGGUAAUCCUUGUGGAAGCAAAGCACCUGCGGCCUACUCGGGUACAGCAGGAGCAGGACCUGCAGACAGCGAUUUCAAAGAGCCUUCAGCUGGACCUCCAGGUUGAGGCCAGUUUCAAGCUGAAGAACAUCGAGGAGGAUGGCAAGGCAAGAGAUCUCAUCUACAAGGGCUCCAAGAUCCAGCGUGCCCCAGCCCUCACAGGGAACAACCCCAAGUGGUGCGAGCAGGAACAGCUCAAGGGCUCCAAUGGUUGGGUCUUCAAGAGCCCCUUGCUGGAGCAGGCGUCCAUGAAGAACUUGUACCUGGAGAUCGAGUUGUCUUCCCGCAAGUAUGAGAAGCUGGGGAUGAUCAGGAUGGCAGUAUUUGGAGCAACGUUCCAGCCGGAAUUCUUGGGUGGCGCUCCGACUCUCGACCUCAGCGAUGCCAAGAAGCUGUUCAACAACUUGUGGCUUCCACUCGCGACGAUCGAGCCGUCCACCGCCAAGUUGAAUCCAAAGGCCUACGGGGAGCUGCACAUCAUGACCAUCUGGCGGCCUUCGGUGGAGACGGCAUACAUCCGUCGCCUCCCGCGGACGGUGCGAGGCUGGCAGACCUUUGAGCUGAAGCAGGCGCUGAAGGGCACCUCCAUGCACGACCCCAUCUACGAUGUGCAGGCUUGGGUGAGGGGCUAUGACCCCAACCUCUACGAGCACAGGGGGGGAACUCCGGAGGGGCUCAAUGAUGCCAAGCUGAAUCACAUGCAGAAGAUGUUCGAGAGCGUGCCUUACUUGGACUGCUAUGAGCGGCAGCAAAGAUCUGCGUGGGGCGACCUCCGCAUCAAGCUGGACAGUAUGAGCCCCAAGAUCGAUGACGAGACGGCGGAGCGGAAGCCGCUGAGCGCCUGGCGCAGGGACUGGGCCCACCCGGACAGGCUGGACACCAAGAUGCUCUAUGAGAUGGAUGAGCUGAUGCGCCGCGGGGUGCCAGCCAACCUGCGCCGGGAGAUUUGGAUGGAGAUCGCUGGGGCCGAAGAGUUGCAGCAGCGAUGGAUCGAGAACUGGGAGCCGAAGCGCCGGACGGAGGACAAGGGCAGCAGCCCCGUGGCAUUCUACCGCAGGCUUUUGGAGGUGGGCCGCCCCUACCGCAACGACGCCAUGUGGCAGCUGCAUGAAGACAUGGUGGCGGCAGCGGCCUGGGAGAAGCCAAGCCACCACACCGCGAUGGCUCGGCACUUCUUGCGCAUCAAGCGGGCGCAGGAUGUGUGUGUGGCGCUCAUUGCCUUCUCCAAGGACGAUCCCAUGGGCGGAAGUUCAGGGGUGCCAAACUACUCAGACCUGGAGGAGGUGGACGCCACAGGGAGCCGCAGCUGCUGCGGCGUGGCCUACUGCGAGUCCCUGCUGCUCUUGGCCUUCCACCUCAUUGUCGCGCAGACGCCCAUCUCAGCGGCGGAGGAUGCUUGGGACAAGCCCAAGACGAAGGAAGAAGAGGAAGCAGAGGUGCGAGCCUUUUGGAUCCUCUAUGCCAUCACCGGUGCCGGAAAUCAGCCGUUCAGGGAUUACUACGGCCUGCCCAGGGUUGCGAAGAGUGCAGGAAGCCAUGAGGUGCAGAUUGCGGACCGUCGCGGCGCCAUGGACGACCUGCACCGCCUGAGCUUCAUCGUGUCCCGCUUCGAGCCGGAGCUUUGGGUUCACAUGAACGCCUUGGGCUUCCAGCUGCCCUCGGUGUUCUACGGUGCUUUCAUGCGGCUCUUUUCCUUCUCCUUGCCAGUGACCAGCCUCUUCCGCUUUUGGGACAUGCUGCUGGCGGACACUUGCCGUCCCAAUCCGCCCACCCACAAGCCUCCACGUCAUGGGCUCAUCGAUCUGGCGUGGGGAGGUUUGGUCGCUUGCAAGGAGGCCGUGUUGAAGUGCCAGAGCGCCAUGGAGGUGCAGAACUGCCUGCGGGACUUCUACGAGUCCUUGUACGACCCCACGUACCUGGUGGAGCUGGUGGUGGCCGCGGAGUACCAGCUGUGGGACGACGCCAAGCACAAGAUGCCGGAGAAGGUGGGCCUGAGCGCCCUGCACACCAUGGACUACGAGAAGUCCGUGAAGCACUGGGAGGAGUACUUCUACCAGUUCAGGGAGCAAAACAAGGUCCUGCGGGACCUCACGCGGAACGGAGAUGUGGGUGGAAUGGCCGGCGGCACCAUGACCAACUCCAACGCCAACGCAAACAGCACUGGCACCACUUCUGACCAGAGAGUCACGACGCGCAGCGUGAUGAAGGUCAUCACUGCGAUGCUCCACCAGUUCGUAACGGACAAGGCGCAGCCCACGAACAUGGCGGGCAUCCUGCGGCAGAUGCCUUUGGAGAUUCUGCGCCUGAGCCCGGAUGUGGAUGCCAGCAUGGCGGGCCAGGUCUCUGCCUGGGGCACGAUGCUGUGGGAGCACUUCACCACCGUGAAGAAGACCACGCCCCAGCUGCAGACCCAGGCGCAGCUGCGGCUGGUGCCGGUGCCAGCACCGUACGGCGCCAUGCUGGAGCCUCAGUUCCUGGACUCCGCCACGUGGCAAUCGAACCUCCGCAAAGUGAUGGGAGAUGCGUGGGUUCAAUAUGCUCAGCUGAUCUUUGAUCGCUUCUCUAUGGUGCCCCGCGAGAAGCGGGUCAGCAUUCACGAGUUCUUCUUGGCCCUCAUUUGCUGCUCCAAGGGCACUGUCUCGGAGAAGGCCAUUGCCCUUUUCCACCUCUUCGGCUACCCUGGCAGCGAGCAGCAGGUGCCGCACAUCAACCCCAUCUCCCACGCGACGGGGGUCAUCAUCGAGCGGAACGAGGGCAAGAACAAUGCAGACGAGGGCCAAUUUCUGAAGGCGCCGAAGGACGAGGAGGUGAAGUUCAUGGCGCUGCACCUGAAGAUUUUCGUCUACGCCUUCGGCGCCAGCGGCCUGGUGGAGGUCGUGCUGGGCGAGGUCUUCGUACCCAGCCUGGUGCCCUUCGUCACCACCUCGCUGGUAGGCGAAAACCCGCGGACUUUCACCAUUUGGGGCCCAGAGAAGCAGCUGCCACCGGGCUUCUCCCGGGAGCAAGACGCAGCGUUGCUCACAGACCAUGGGGUGCGUCCCUACAUCGGAGACAUGGUGCUGGACCUGAAGUGGAUGCCGCAAAGCAACCGCCCUGAGGUGGGCCAGCUGGGCAUGACUCUGCACAGCGCGUCACUGAACUUGGAUGCCCCUGAAUCCAAGAACCCCAGGGUGGAGGUCUACACCUACGAUGAGAACGGAGUGGCGCAGCAGCUGAAGCGCUGGGACCCCCGCAGCACCAUGCGGAAGGUCUCCAACGCGCUGGCCAUGGCCCCGCCGGUGACCAAGUUUGUGCAGUUCGACAGGACCAUGCGCCGCGACAAUGUCACCGGACAGCUGUUCCACAAGAUGGGCAGCGGGGACCAUGGAUGGAACAAGGAAGAGAAGCUGUGGAAGUGGUCCUCGCAAUGGGGAGCACAGUACUCCGUAGAGGGAACCGUCUUCCGCAAGGCCGUUUGCGAGCGUGCUGCUGCUGGGUCUGGCAGCACACAGGGAGCCAGCGCCACCCCGAGCUCAGCGCCCGCCAAGCCGAACCUCAUCACGCUGCAGGCGUGCCGGCUGCUGGUGGCUGGCAUCAUGGCCAGAAGCCUUCACCCCGUGACCCACCGACAGGCUGUGAUGAUUGCGGAUCAGGUGUUCAGUCGCUGUGGUGCAGUGCCCGGCAUUUUGGAUGCCAUCGUUAUUGAGGGGGAUGCUAGCGGUGCCAGCGAGCACCUGCAGAGGGCAAAGGAAGAAUUCACUGAACAAGGCAAGAAGUGGACAGAUGUGAAGAAGCAGAUGGUCGUCGCGCAUGAGGUGCAGGUCAUGAUGGGCCGCUAUGGCUUGAACCUUUUCACUCCAGAUGCCAUCAAGGAGACAGGCAAGCCUUUGCGCCUUUUGGAUUUGGAGGUCCUCGACCCCUUCCCUGGCCAGACGAAGACGCUUUGGCUCCGCUACUGUCGCGCGGGCGAUGGGCAAAGAUUCAACUCCCGCAUCCCCGUGGAGGCAGAUGGGAGCUUCAGGGGUGGGGUGGUGCACCUGGAUAUGGACCUGGAAGCAGACAAGGAGGCGGCAGAGAUUCAGAUGAACCUCACCAAGCAGGAGUUCGUGAACUGCCUGACGUCCAACCCGCUGCUGAGCGAGACCUUGAGACAGCUUGCCACCACCGACAACAGCACCAAGAACGUGCCGGAAGGUGUUCCCAUCAACCUGGAUGUCACCAUUGCAGAUCCAACCAAGGAGGAAGCAGAUGCUGACAUGAUGGACACGCUGAAUGUGAGACAGGCAGUUUUGCUGGAGGUGUGGGAUCAGGACAUGGGCAAGCAGGACGACUUCCUGGGCGAGUGCUGGCUGCCGCCGCUGGGCUCCAUGACCGGCAGCACCAAGCGCUAUGUGCUGCCGGUGACAUCUGCGCCCGCAGACAAGGGGUCCACACGAUACCACAGCAAGAAGCUCUCAAAGUUGUCCUGCGAAGGCCACCUCAUCGUGGAGGCCUCUUGGACCUUCCCCGCGGAGGAGGUGCCGCCGCUGCCGGAUGCGGCGGACAUGGAGAAGCGGGUGAAGCGGGAGGAGAUCCUGCACACUGGGAAGCUGAAAUUGAGGAUCAUCAAGGCAGAAGGCCUGCGAGGGGCCGACAGAAGCUAUCGCCGGGAAGGCAGCGACCCUUAUGUGUGCAUGUACGUCAAGAACGAGGCAUUCUUCCGGCAAGACAAGGAGAAGAUCCCUGCGGGCUUUGAUGAGUUUGGUUGGCACCAGACGGCCUUGGGACGCCAUGAAUGCUAUUGGACCACCACUACGAAGAAGGCCACCAGGAACCCUGAGUGGGACGAGGAGAAGGAGUUCUCCUUGAGGACGGGCUCCUUCGAGCGCCGCACCAAGCAAGCCUAUCACCUUGAGCUGACGUCGCGCCAGGCCACGCGGAACCGGGACGACUACUAUGCCGCGGUGCUGGGCAACAAGGAGGAGCUCCGGAUUCACUUUGGAAGCAAGGAGAAGGAGGGCGCUAAGGAGGGCGCUGGCACACGCCACAGCGUUCAAAUCUACAUGGGUGACAACAUGCACCAGUUCAAGGACAAGUUGGCUGACGCCUGCAAGGCAGAGGCUGCGCAGGAGAAGGACAACAAGCGCCGCAACCAGUUAGAGGCUGUGGCCAAAGACUUGUCUUACCGCCACUCGGUCAUGGUCUUCGUGCCCUCGCAGCGCCUACGAGAGCUGGCGCAGCAGGGCAAGGUGGGCGUCAACAGUUACGAGUACAAGCGCCUUUACCGCAUCGAGGAGCAGGACCCCUCUUCCUGGCAGCCGCUGGACAGCAUCUGCACGUUCAUGCACUACGCGAACAUCUACAGCUUCGGCCGCUCCGUCGCUCAGCGACUUCGGGUCGUGGAUGGCACGGAGCAGUACAAGCUGAAGAACAAUCGCCUUCGCCAGUUCGAAAGAGAGCAGAAGAAGUUCUCGGAGAGCGUGGCAGAGUUGAAUACGCCUGCGAAGUGCUUUGGCUAUGCCAAGUUCCAACAUCCCUCCGACUGGAGCUCUCCAGAGUGGCGGCCAGCCAUUGUUGACCGCUCGGAGCAGGUGGGCACUUCCAAGCGGAAGCAUAAGGUGUCCUACGUGUACUCCACGCACGUGGCAAUUCCAGCCCCAUCUGAUGAUGGCUUUGCACCUGGGCCUAGCUAUCAAGAGGAGAAGGAUGAGGAUGGAGUGCUCCUGGCACCCAGCAACCCCAAGAUCAAGGACGUGGUGCGCAGCGAGCACAAGGAGCUCCUUGCCCGUGCCAAGCUCCUGAAGGAGCAGGGCAUGGGAGAGGGCGAGAUCGUUGGCAAGCUGAACGAAGACCUCAAGAAGACCUGGCAAAAGGCGAAGGGCGAGGAGGGCGGAGGUGCUUUGGCCACCCAGCCUCAGCUGAUCACUUUGGCGGACGUGCAGGAGGCCAUCCGCAGCAAGGAUGAUGAGACCGGCACCUUCCCACCGGGCUCCACCAUGGCGGGUUCGACCCUCCCGACAACGACCGUGCAGUAGACAUCCCGUCCGAUGUUUUGUUUUGAUGCCAAGCUGGCCCUUGCGCAGCCCUUCGUAUAGCGGAGGACCCUUGGACGCCGGCAUUCUACAGGAGCGAAUGCUUCGAGCAGCUAUGGUGGCGUGUCAGUUGCUAGGGUUUUUCCAGACUGUCGGAAUAUGCCCUGAAAGAAUGUCCAGGCAACCCACAAGCUUCACUUGUUGACAGUUCACGCGUUGGACA